AUGUACCUUUCUAAGGUUCUUCCCCGCGCUGGACUCGUCCUUGUGAAGAAAGGACAUGUCUUGGGAACCGCUCGCCGAAGCCAAUGGGUUCUAGUCGCCUUGGGAAAGAUCGGGGUCCUCAAAUGGCAAGACAAGGUCCGAGAAAAGCAAAAGAAGGUUGAUGACCUUCUCUCCGAUCUCUUCGUUCGACUGUGUUUGCCCGAAGCAUUCGAACCUUUCCAUCCCGGCAGGACACCUGAGAAAUUUCUUUCCCAGUUCUAUCAGCGUGAUCAGUUGGCCCAGCUGAUGCCUGAGUCCGUGUUCAUCGAACUAGUCUCCCUUCUUAUUAAGGCUCGUCAGGAUUAUCAUAGCUUCCCACGCCCUCCGUUCGACAUCAACAAGCACUGCAAGACGGCGCGACAAAUUGAUAUAUUGCUCGAAGCCUGUGGGCCCGACGGCUGGCUUGACAAUGAGAUUGCUCUUCUAGAAUGUGUAGGAUACUUUCUCGAUGAUAAUGGAGAGGAAUUCGGAAACGGAGAUAUCCAAGGCGAAGAUGCCGAGAUGACCAACGCCGAGGUUACUCAAGUAACCGAGGGAAUGGAGAGCAUGGCUCUCUGUGACGACAGCAGUGGCGGAUUAAUGGAUGAGAUCCAUAGUGCUGAUGAGGGUGAAGCUAUGGAGGUAGAUGAGGAUAUGAUGGACCUGGACUAG